AGUAAAUGACGGCUAUACCCUCUAAUCUGGUAAACCCUACAGAGACGAGGAGAAAGCGCAGCGUGAAACCGUGAAAGGUGAACCGACGGCGAGAGGUAUGGCGCUACCGGCGUCUACAGUUACAGUUUGGUCUUCAAGAUUUCGUAUUAACUUGUUAAGACCUUGUCAGCUCCAUGGGUGCUCACUAUCCCAUGCCUACAAUCGCCAAACCUUGCACUCACAUUCUAUAAAACUACGAACUAUGGCACAGUUCAGUGAACAAAAUAAGGUCAAAAUGCAAAUGAGUAUCCUUAGGAAAAGAUUAUGGGAGGCUGCUCCUGAUUCACUUAAAGAUUUCCCAUGGAAGAAAGCAGAGGAUACAGUGCUGCAACAACUGCUUUUGCUUGGACAGAAAGCACUGAAAUGGUCUUUUAUUACAUUAUUCAUUCUUAGCUCAGUAUCAGAUGUCAUAUUUUGCAUCUCCAGAAACAAAGAAUUGAUGAUUCCCUUUGGUUUGUUUGUUGGCUGCAUGAUGGCUGACUUCUUGAAAGAGACAUCUCGAGAAUUGUUUCCCAACUCAGAGAAAACGGGUUUGAAGCAGCCCCUUUUGGGCAUUGGUUGCUUCUUUGUCUUUGUGAAGUUCAUGUCCACAUUUCUUACUUCACAAGGACAGGCAUUUCUUUUGCAUGUUGCCAAUGGUGGAUUGAUGCAAAUUUUGUGGCUGUGGAAAGGUUUACUGGAAGGAAGAGAUGGACAAAGUGGACAGAAUUUCUUUUCAUGCCAAGAGACUUCCGAUAUUACAGAAGCAAUCAACUAGACAUGCAGCUAUGUCCUUGUACAUGGAAAUAUUUACAUGAACCUUUUCCUGCUUUUCAUACUUGAAUCAGAUGCUCAAAAACUGAGGUAUCUAGGAUCAAGGUCCAUUCAUUUAAGCCUUGCAUUAAAAAACAAAUUGAAAUUUAGAAUCACUGCUGCUCCAAGCUAAUCCAUUACCAUAGAUUUUCUGUUCUAUAAAGUGGACGUGGGCACAGUAUGUGAUAGCAUUAUUUUUUUCAAGAUGCUGGGCAAAUUUUUG